CAAUUCCAGUGGCUCGUUAGACGUUGCCGUGCGAGGACUGAAUUCUAUGGAACUGAAAAGCUGUGCAGGUGAGAAAAGGAUCUUGACGACGACUACGAAACCGUCAGUUGUGGUGUUUUGAUUAGUUCGAGUGGAAAAUCGAGUUCAAGUGGGAAAAAAUCACAGAAAAUUGUGGCAGAGUGUCGUGAGUUGCACAGAAAAGAUUGUCCACUUUCGCGCCCAACGUGGUCAGUCCUUGGUGUACUUGGUCCCGCGUUCAACUGAAAACAAAUUGAUUCCACAGGUGCGCGGUGGAGGAGUGAGAGUGGGGCUAACUCAGGUGCGGUCGGGGCAAAGAUCCUUAGAGGCUUGUUGACGGUGAAUUUCAGUCUAAUUGCUCGACAGUUUAUUUGAUUGUCUCUCUGCUCAAUUAGCGGUGUGUGUUGGUCUGUGCUGGUGGAAAGUUCUUGUACACGUCGGACGUCGCGCGGCUUCCGGUUGUUCUUUUACUUCGUUGGCUCAGUCGCGACCUCGUUUCCCUUCGCGCGCGCUACUUUUUAACCGUUUGGCGACCGCAUCAAUUCGAAAGUGACCCAUUUACCAGUGUCUUUGGCAAACGCGAACGUUGUUCAUUUUGGACAACGCAUAGAAGAUCCUUAUUUUGUGCACCCGCGGAUUUGCUUUGAAAUCUUGAUAUUGCCCCGUGGGAGUGUGAAGGAUUAGUGGUUUAUCGCCGCCUGGGAUUACAUUGGCCCCGCAGCGGCUUUCUCUUCUCUGGAUUUCACUCGAGCACAAGAAAAGAUAAGCUUCAAAAUCAACACCAACUUCGACUGAAAUACAUAUCCAGUGUCGACUAUUUCAUUGAAAUUCUAUUCCUAAAAAGUGUAUUAAUGACCUCCAGUUGAUAUGUCAAUGGUAUUAAUUUGUAAAUAAUUCAUAAAAAUCUCACUGAGAUCGGCUCAGUGUAACGCAAUCGAAAAGUGUUCGCGUAAAGGAUCGUUCCGCAAUGCGGGAGGACAAAUUAGGCGGCAGACGUUUGGAACAGAUGCCGUAUCAAAACGUCAAUAUGGGACCGCCCACUAUUGUAAAUCAUUCAAUAACAAAACGAAAGCGGGCCAACAGAACCAAUAUGGAUCAUCGAUAUCAACGUCCGGAGAAUCAUGAACGGCAGAUGGAUUUGCGAUCAAAUCUCUUCAGAGGUUUAGAUAAAAUAGGUUAUAUAGCAUUUUACAUCGUCCUAACCAGUAUCGCCUUACAAUUUUCACCGGUUUUCGGUGAAAGUAGCACUUUAAGCGGCAGCAGUAGUAGCAUUCUUUCUCCAGUACCUGGAAGCCUUCUACCAACAUCAACAGGUCUACUGAAUAUCGGUGAAAGUCCGCUUGGGGACGAUACAAUAUGCCCUACUGGCAUGUUCAAAUGUAAGGGUGGGAAAUGCAUACCAUCGUUAUGGGUGUGUAACUACCAAAAAGACUGUGAAGGAGGAGAGGACGAAUAUCAAUCAUGCCCUCCACCUGAAUGCGAAGCUGGCCAGAUUAGUUGUGGUCAGUACGAAUUCAAUAAAACCUAUUGUAUACCGCCCCACUAUAGAUGUGAUAUAACAGUCGACUGUGUCGAUGGAUCCGAUGAAUUGCAGUGCACUUAUAGGAAAUGUCAAUCCACCGAUAUCUUUUGUGAUGCGCCCACCGGAAGCACCCCUCUUAGUGGGGGUGGUCGAACACCUGGUCAAUGUGUUCCCAAGGAAAAACAUUGUGAUGGAUAUUUCGAUUGUCGCAGUCGAAAGGACGAAGAGGGAUGUACAGGUGUAUCGUGCCGUUUGGAUCAAUUCCGGUGUGCGAAUGGUGCAAAAUGUAUUGAUGCUGCAAUGAAGUGCAACCACAAGGACGACUGUGGUGAUGGCUCGGAUGAACAAGGAUGCAAUUUCCCACCCUGCCAUAAUGAGCAAUUCCGGUGUGCUAAUGCCUUAUGUAUUCCUGCCCAUUUUUAUUGUGAUGGAUAUCACGAUUGUGCUGAUGAAAGUGAUGAAGCCAAUUGCACAGCAAUCGCUUGUCCCGACAAUAAGUUCCUAUGUCCGAAAGGUGGUAGAAAUGGAGAGCCAAAAUGUAUAGCACGAACACAAUUGUGUGAUGGUAAAAGAGACUGCGAGGAUGGAAGUGAUGAGGAGAAAGCGUGCUCAACUACCUCCUGCCAACUCUUGAAUUGUGAAUACAAAUGUAGACCUUCACUAACUGGCGGUGUAUGUUACUGUCCUCUGGGACGAUCACUAGCCAAAGAUAACCGAACUUGUGUGGAUUUAGAUGAAUGUUCAGAAUGGGGACAUUGCGAUCAACUAUGCACAAACACAGAUGGAUCAUUCAGUUGCGCUUGCGCUCCUGGUUAUUCCCUCAUGGAUAAAUCCAAAUGUGUAGCAGCAGACGCCGAUCGAAUGGAACUAAUAUUUGCCUACGAUCACUCUAUCCUUCGGAUGUCGGCACAUGGAGAAAACAUCGAUAGCAUAGCGAACGCUACAGGUGCUAGUGGAGUCGCAUUCCACUAUUCAAGGAAUCUUUUGUUUUGGUCUGAUACGAAAACAAGAAAAGUACACUCUCAAACAUUGGACAAGUCUAAACCCAGUAUUGAACCAAUGGAUUUGACUUUACCCGGAACAUGGUCACCAGUAGCUCUGGCGGUAGAUUGGAUUGGAGACAAAUUAUAUGUUGCAGAUUUUGUCGGGCAGAAGGUUGAUGUAUUUGAACUAAAUGGAAAAUGGCACGCCGUGGUUCUAGGGUCAAAUCUUACCAGCCCUGCCGAUCUUGCUCUUGAUCCCACUUCAGGUUUGAUGUUCGUUGCAGAUGGAGGCCAAGUUCUUCGAGCACAUAUGGACGGUACUCAUGCUCGGUCCAUUGUAUCGGAAGCAGCUUAUAAAGCUUCAGGCGUUGCAGUUGACGUCAUAAGUAAAAGAGUAUUCUGGUGUGAUUCUCUACUAGAUUACAUUGAAACGGUCGACUACGAAGGACAGCAUCGAGUCAUGGUUCUUCGUGGACAACAAGUUCCCAGCCCAUCACGUCUAGCACUCUUUGAAAAUCGUAUCUUUUGGACAGAUGCAACCAAACAGGGAAUAAUGUCUGUAGAUAAAUUUGAGGGUCCUACAUCAAUUCAAGCCAUAUUCAAGGCAAAGGAUAUUCGCGAACCGAAAGGUAUAGUAGCUGUGCAUCCCCUGAGUCAAAAAGCAGUUUCAAAUCCAUGUGGUACAAUAAACGGUGGUUGUGCUCAACUGUGCAUAGUAACUGCAGUUAAAGGUGCUCCAACUGGCUUAGGCUACCGAUGUGCCUGCCAUACCGGAUGGCAACUCUAUGGAGAUCUUCGUAACUGUCAACUAGUCCAAGAAUUUUUAAUGUACUCACAGCAACGAUUCAUCAAAGGAAAAGUUCUCGAUCCCGUGAUUGAAGGAUUCAGUGACGCUAUACUGCCUGUCGUUUCCAGGAGAGCAAGAUUUGUAGGCUUGGACUUCGAUUCACGAGAUGAGCAUAUUUAUUAUUCAGACGUUCUUCAAGAUGUGAUCUACAGAGUGCAUCGUAAUGGAACAGGACGCGAAAUAGUAUUAGCCUCCCAAAAUGAAGGAGUCGAAGGUUUGGCUGUUGAUUGGGCUUCGAAAAAUUUGUAUUAUAUCGAUAGUCGUAAAGGCACUCUGAAUGUCCUUUCAACCAGAAAUGUAACCUAUCGCAGAACUUUGCUGAAAAACCUCAAACGACCAAGAGCAAUUGUCGUACACCCCAACCGAGGUUACAUCUAUUUCUCUGAAUGGGACCGGCCAGCUAAUAUUACCAGAGCAAAUGCCGAUGGUACAGGACUCCUUGUCUUCAAAAAUGUCACACUAGGGUGGCCCAAUGGACUGUCCAUUGAUUUCAAAGCAGAUCGUGUUUACUGGUGCGAUGCCCUAUUGGAUCACGUUCAACACGCAAAUCUAGACGGAACAGAUAUAAAAACUGUUAAUUCAAGACUGGUUCGCCAUCCAUUCUCGAUAGUCAUCCAUGAAGAUUGGAUGUACAUUACGGACUGGCGCCUUGAUGCAAUUAUUCGACUACACAAAUUAACCGGCGAACAAGAAGAAAUGAUGGUCAGGGAGCCUCAAACAAAUCGACUCUAUGGUGUGAAGGUAUACAGCCACUCGGUUCAGAAGAUCGAUCCUACUCAGCCAUGUUCCAUUAAUAAUGGUGGCUGCGAGAAAAUGUGCUUCGCUAUUCCACGAGCUGAAGGAUCAUCCCUUCAAGUAAAGUGUUCAUGUCCCUAUGGAGAGCGGCUAGCAGAUGAUGAAAAAACAUGCAAGCCGGAUCCUAACGCGGAACCCCCAGUUCAAGCAUGCCCGAAUUCAUGGGAUUUCACUUGUAAUAACCAACGAUGCAUCCCCAAAUCAUGGCUCUGUGAUGGGGAUGACGACUGUUUAGAUAAUAGCGAUGAAGAACAAAAUUGUACAAAACCAACAUGUGGAUCUAACGAAUUCCAAUGCAAAUCUGGUCGAUGCAUACCACUCAACUUCCGUUGCGAUCUUGAGAAUGACUGCGGCGACAAUUCCGAUGAAUUUGAAUGCGGAAAUAUCACAUGCGGUUCAUCACAAUUUGCAUGUGCAAAUGGCCGUUGCAUUCCAAAUAUGUGGAAAUGCGAUAGUGAAAACGAUUGUGGUGAUGGCUCCGAUGAAGGUGACUUCUGUGCUGAGAAAACUUGCGCUUAUUUCCAAUUCACAUGUCCGCGAACGGGUCACUGUAUACCUCAGAGUUGGGUAUGCGACGGCGAUGAUGAUUGCUUUGAUAAACAAGACGAAAAAGAUUGCCCUCCGAUAACGUGCUUAGCGAAUCAAUUCAAAUGCGCAGAUCUGCGGCAGUGCGUUGAAGAGUCAUAUAAGUGCGAUAGUAUCCCAGAUUGCAAUGAUGGAAGUGAUGAAUUAGGUUGUCCUUCUCUUGGACCUAACCAGUGCAAUCUAGAGAAACACUUCAGAUGUAAAUCCUCGGGAUUCUGCAUACCCAUUGCCUGGCAUUGUGAUGGGUCCAAUGAUUGUAACGAUCAUUCGGACGAGGAAGAUUGUGGCCAAAUUUCCUGCCCACAAAAUUUCUUCAAGUGCAACAAUUCAAAUUGCGUUUUCAAAUCCUAUAUUUGCGAUGGGAAUGAUGACUGUGGCGAUGGAUCCGACGAGGGAGCUGAACACGCUUGCGUUCCACCACCAUUCAGAUGCCCUCAUGGUCAAUGGCAAUGUCCAGGAGUUAGUAACCGAUGCGUUAACAUUACUUCAGUUUGUGAUGGUACACCCGAUUGUCCUAACGGAUCUGACGAAGGAACAGGAUGCGACUUGGCGGAAUGUCAACAUCAACAAGGGCUCUGCUCAAACGGUUGUCAAAAAACACCAUUAGGCGCAAUGUGCAUUUGUCCCCCUGGAUCAGAACUCGCCUCCGAUGGUUUCACAUGUGAAGAUUUGAAUGAAUGUUCACCCCCUGGAUUAUGCUCCCAGACUUGCACAAAUACAAAAGGAUCUUACUUCUGCUCAUGCACUGAUGGCUACGUCCUAGAACCUAACAAGCACAGUUGUAAGGCGGUCAAUCAUUCAUCCGCUUUUCUCAUCAUCUCCAACAGACAUUCAAUACUUGUUGCUGACCUUAAAGAGCAAGGACUUGAAAGAGUUCCAAUCAUUGUCGAAAAUGUGGUUGCAACUGCCUCCAACAUGCAUACAGGAACCAUUUUCUGGAGUGACAUGAAAUUGAAGAAGAUUUCACGACUGGAUCGUGGUAUGGAGCCACAGGAAAUUAUUACAACUGGUUUGGACCUAGUUGAAGGACUAGCUUAUGAUUGGAUUGGAAAGAACCUCUAUUGGUUGGACAGUAAACUCAACACUAUCGAAGUCUGCAAUGAGAAUGGAUCUAAUCGAAUGGUUCUAGUUCGCGAAAAUAUAACACAACCACGUGGUAUGUGCUUGGACCCUAGUCCCGAUGCAAAAUUCAUUUUCUGGACAGAUUGGGGAGAAAACCCACGAAUUGAAAGAAUUGGAAUGGAUGGAACCAUGCGACAGACAAUCAUAAAUACCAAAAUAUACUGGCCGAACGGUUUGACGUUGGAUAUUGCAACAAAACGGGUUUAUUUCGCCGAUUCAAAACUAGACUUCAUCGAUUUCUGUUAUUACAACGGCACUGGAAGGCAACAGGUGUUAGCUGGUAGUCACUAUCUUCUUCAUCCACAUUCGCUGUCGCUAUUCGAGGAUACAUUGUACUGGACAGAUCGUCAACUAAAUCGCGUGCUAUCUGCUCAAAAAUUCCGAGGUGAAAAUCAGACCGUCGUAUCCCACCUGAUUAGUCAACCCCUCUCUAUUCACGUACACCACCCAUCACUGCAACCUUUAUAUGAAAAUCCUUGCAAUAAAGCAGUAUGCCAACAUCUUUGUUUAUUGAGUCCUAGUACAAAGGAAGGUUGGUCCUGCAAAUGCAAACCAGGUUACCGCCUAUUGGCUGACGGCCGAUGCACUGAAGAGGAAAAUGCAUAUUUAAUGGUUGUUAAAGGAAAUCAAAUUGUCGACGUCCCAUUGAAUGGACUUGAUGGAAGGGCUGGAGCUUUAACUCCAGUCAUUGGAAUUGAAAGCAGUGCUUCCAUCGAAUACGAUCGAAAGGGAGAAAUGUUAUAUUGGGUGCAAGGCCGCGAGGAUGAUGACGAAAACUGCACUAUUUACUCAACCCCGUAUGGAGGAGGAAAUAAAACUCAGUUCCUCGGAGCAGACACUGGCUUGGUAGGUGCACCAUACAUCAUUGCUUUCGAUUGGCUUGGCAGAAACUUAUUCAUUGGAAACCGCAUUGCUAGUAAUAUUGAAGUAGUCCGUGUAGAUGGAAAAGUCAAGUAUCGUACUGUUAUCCUUGCAAAUGAUGGAAACAAAACUUCAGUCUCCAAACCUAAGGCUAUAGCUCUAGAUCCAACUGAUGGAAAACUCUUCUGGAUCGACGAUGGCGGUUUUGGCGUGCCAACAAAAAUAGGUCGUGUAAAUAUGGCUGGACAUAAUGCUAUGAUCCUGAAGGAAGACAUUGAUAGGCCAGAAAGUAUCACUGUAGAUAUCGACAAAAAACUUAUCUACUACAGUACUCAGCACCCUCCCACUGUCUGCAUCAUAGAUUAUAACGGCGAAGGAUUCAGAAUGCUUCUCUCUGAACAAAACGAUAUUGCUCGACCUAAAUCUUUAGGAAUCCUAGAUUCCCGCCUUUAUUAUCUUGAUCCAGUUUUUGAAAAGAUAGUUCGGGUCGACCUUCCCAGAGGCGAUAAUCCAAAAACAAUCAUCGACAAUGAACCGGACCUGAAAAGUAUGACCAUAUUCAAGAAACGUUCAAUGCAACAGCAUCCUUGUCUACGCGACAAUGGAGCCUGCGAACACAUUUGCAUUCCUAAUGAUGGAGCAUCACGUAUUUGUGCAUGUGGAACUGGUUACAAAAAAGAAAAUGAUAUUAGCUGCACUCCACACAAAACAUUUGUUGUCGUCUCACAAUUGGACGUCGCUCGAGGAUACACUCUGGCCGAUAGCUCUGAAGCAAUGGUCCCAAUCGCCGGACAAGGACAUCAUAUUCUUCAUGUUGAUGUUGCUUACAGAGAGCAAUGGAUUUAUUGGGCCGAAUAUAACCGAGGACAAUGGAACGGCAUCUUCAGGAUACGACCAAAUGGCACCGAGAUCGAGCAUAUUGUUAAAGAUGGAAUUGGAAGCAAUGGUAUACGAGGACUCACUAUCGAUUGGGUGGCCGGAAAUGUAUACUUCACAAAUGUAUUCCCACAUGAAAAUUAUAUUGAAGUUUGCUGGCUCGAUGGAAAUAACCGAAAGAUCUUGGUCAAAACUACAAGCGAUGCACCCAGAGAAUUAGCUGUCAACCCUAUUAAAAGACUCCUUUACUGGAUUGACUAUGGUCAAUAUCCUAAAAUAGGAAAAGCCUAUCUGGACGGUUCGAACUGGACACCAGUAGUUACCUCGGGCAUUUCAAAUCCACGCGACUUAACCAUCGAUAUGUUGACUCAUGACGUAUUCUGGGUUGAUUCAAAAUUGGAUAUGAUUCAAAAAAUAUCCUACACAGGUGGCAAUCGACAGGUCAUACGAAGAAACCUUCCGAAUCCAAUGGGAAUUGCAGUUUACUUAGGCGAUUUAUAUUGGGUUGACAGAAAUCUUAUGACCGUCUUUAAAGCUUCUAAACUACCAGGUAAUACUACACAACCUGAGAAAUUCCGAACAAAUCUACAAAAAUUGCGAGACAUUGCCAUAUACGACAUUAAUAACCAACCAUUAGAAUCGUCUGCCUCUUCUUCAUCGAAUCCUUGUGCAAAACUCGGAAAUGGUGGUUGUGACCAAUUGUGCUUCAGUUUUCCACCUGACGCACCUAACAAACCAUCCGUAUUGAACUUUAAAUGCGACUGUGCCACUGGCAAACUUGCUGCAGAUGGACGAAAAUGUGAAACUGUCAACGAAUAUCUGGUAUUCUCAACUCGAACCGAAAUUCGGGCAGUAAACUUAGAUCCAAGAUCAACACAGGUUCCAUUCCACCCAGUCGUGAAUCUCACAAACGUUGUAGGCUUAGACUUCGAUUUCAUGGACAAUAAACUUUUCUUCACUCAAAUCCGUCCAUGGGCGAAAAUUGCAUGGACAUCAGCAAACAACCCUUCAAUGAAUGAUGUGAACGUAGUUCUUAAUCGUGGCAUCAAUCCUGAGGGAAUAGCCUAUGAUUGGACUCAAAAUAAGAUUUAUUGGACCGACAGCUCUAAUAGCUCCAUAUUCGCUAUGAAUCUAGAUGGAACAGAACAAGUAAUGAUUGCGAGAGUUGAACGACCAAGAGCUAUUGUUCUAGAUCCUUGCAACGGAACUCUCUACUUUACUGAUUGGGGACGUUUUGGAACUUCUGGCAAAAUCUUCAAAACAACAAUGGCAGGUUCACUAAAGAAAGCAAUAAUUGAUAAAGACUUGUCCCAACCUAGUGGUCUCGCUAUCGAUUAUGAUGAACGAAUGCUAUACUGGACAGAUGCUGUCAGAGAAAAGAUUGAGCGUUCCCAGCUCGAUGGCAAAGGACGUGAAACUUUAAUUGCUGCAACCAUCUAUCCAUUCGCUAUAACUGUGUUCCGAAACUAUAUUUACUGGACAGAUCUGCAAUUGCGAGGUGUAUACCGUGCUGAGAAACAUACUGGUGCUAACAUGAUUGAAAUGGUGAAACGAUUAGAAGAUUCUCCGCGUGACAUACGAGUAUACAGCCUUGAUCGGCAAAAAUGUAGUGUCAACCCAUGUCUACAGAACAAUGGAGGUUGUGCUCAGAGCUGUCACCCUGCUCCUAAUGGAAAGGCCGAAUGCAAGUGUGAUCCCAACUCUAAGGUUGUCAACGAAGGACGAAUGUGUGCUCCUAGAAAUAACACCUGCGAAGCCAGCAAAUUCUAUUGCCAGAACGGCAAAUGUAUAUCAAGGAUGUGGGCUUGCGAUGGAGAUGACGAUUGUGGAGAUAAUUCUGAUGAAGAUGUUAAUUACUGUUCCUUCCAUUCCUGCUCGCCCAAUGAGUUCAGAUGUAACAACGGCCGCUGUAUAUUCAAAACAUGGAAAUGUGACCACGAAAACGACUGCAAGGACGGAUCUGAUGAAAUCGAUUGCACAUAUCCACCCUGCGUUGAUGGAGAGUUUACAUGUGCCAAUGGAAGGUGUAUUCCAAUGUCACAGGUUUGCAAUGGAGUCAAUGACUGCAAAGAUAAUGUUACCUCAGACGAAACCCACGAACGUUGUCCAACUAACACGACUUGCCCACCAAACCAUCUGAAGUGCGAAAAGACCAACAUUUGUGUCGAACCUUAUUGGCUCUGCGAUGGUGACAAUGAUUGCGGCGAUAACUCAGAUGAAAACCCUCUACACUGCGGCCAAAGAACAUGUCCACAAAAUAGCUUCAGAUGUCCAAAUCACAGAUGCAUUCCAGCAACAUGGUAUUGCGAUGGUGAUGAUGAUUGCGGAGAUGGAGCUGAUGAGCCACCAGAAUAUUGUAAAUCGGAAGGACGUACAUGCUUUGGAGAUCUGUUUACAUGCGACAAUGGCAAUUGUAUACCAAGGAUUUACAUAUGCGAUGGUGAUAAUGAUUGUUUGGAUAACAGUGACGAAGACAGUCGACACCAAUGCAAUGAUCGAAAAUGUGAUGAGGAAACUGAGUUUACUUGUGUCGAAAAUAAGGCUUGGGGACGUGCACAAUGUAUACCAAAGAAAUGGAUAUGCGACGGCGAUCCAGACUGUGUUGAUGGUGCUGAUGAAAAUACAACUCUGCAUAAUUGCCCAACACCCCAACCGUGUGGCGAGGAUAUGUUCACAUGCGACAACGGACGAUGCAUUAAUAAAGGAUGGACAUGCGAUCAUGACAACGAUUGCGGAGAUGGCACGGAUGAAGGAAAAUUCUGUAACGCCAAAUACAAGACUUGCUCUCCAGAAGAAUUUACGUGCCAGAACUUCAAAUGCAUUAGGAACACAUAUAGAUGCGAUGGCGAGGACGAUUGCGGUGAUCAUUCGGACGAAGUAGAUUGUAAAAAGGAGAACGUUACCUGCCCAGCCGGACAAUUCCAAUGCACCAAUGGAAAUUGUAUUGACUACCAUCUUGUUUGCAACAAAGUUUCUGAUUGUUCAGAUGAUUCCGAUGAACCAUUGCAUUGCAAUGUCGACGAAUGUGCCAAGGUUGAGAUACAUCAAUGCGGCCAUAAAUGUGUAGAUACUCUGACAAGUUACUAUUGCGAUUGUAAUGUAGGUUACAAGCUGUUACCAGAUGGAAAGGCCUGCGCCGAUAUUGAUGAAUGCAUUGAAACGCCCGGUGUUUGCUCUCAACAUUGCUCGAAUACACCUGGAAGCUUCUACUGUAAAUGCGAUGAACGCUAUUAUGAACGUCAAAAUGACGAACAUACUUGCAAACGAAAAGACAAGACGGAUCCUUGGCUGGUAUUCACCAAUAAAUACUACGUCCGAAACAUGUCCGUAGAUGGCCGAGUCUAUAACGUUAUGCACCAAGAUUUAAUGAACGUUGUAGCACUCGAUUUCGAUAGCAAGGAAAAUUACAUGUAUUUCUGCGAUGUCACCGCUAAAACCAUCUAUCGUUCUAAAUAUGGUACCGGUCUGGAAAAACCAGAAAGGGAGCCCGUUAUCCGUCAUGAUUCGCACGGUUUAGAAGGAAUCGCCAUUGAUUGGGUAGGACGAAAACUUUACUGGCUUGAUAGGCACUCGAAGAACUUGGACGUAUCUGAAUUAGACGGCACCAAACGUAAAACUCUCCGUAGUGGCGUAAUCGAUCCCCGAGCAAUUGUGGUCCAUCCAGGUAUUGGUUACUUAUACUUCACAUCGUGGCAUUUACAAGCCUACAUUGCCAAAAUGGGCAUGGACGGAUCCAAUUUCACUCGAAUUCUGACUUGGAAAGAUGACAUCGCCUGGCCUAACGCUUUGACCAUAGACUAUUUCACUGACCGUAUAUAUUGGGCCGAUGCUCACUUGGAUUACAUUGCAUUUGCUGAUCUUGAAGGGCAUCAUCGACAUAUUGUCCUAUCAGGCACGAAAGUCCCUCAUGUUUUCGCGCUAACUCUGUUCGACGAUUAUCUUUACUGGACUGACUGGAAUAUCAAAGGAAUAAUGCGAGCGAACAAAUUCACUGGACAAGACUAUCAGGUAAUCAGAAAUACCACCCAUCGUCCAUACGACAUACAUAUCAACCACCCACUCCGACAAGUACCCUAUAACAAUCCUUGUGGUGAUAACAAUGGAGGAUGCUCACACCUUUGCUUGCUGUCACCUCCGCCAGAAUCCACAUAUCUAAAUAUUGAAGGUUAUAUUGAAGAAGGUGCUCCAAGCUACAAAUGUGCUUGUCCAAACCAAUACUACUUGGCCCGUGAUACCAAGACUUGCAUUGCCAACUGCACAGCAGGUCAACAUAGAUGCGGUGGUGAUGAUGAGAAAUGUAUUCCUUGGUUCUGGAAAUGUGAUGGUGAAAAGGACUGUCGUGAUGGAUCUGAUGAACCAGCAACAUGUCCGGCAAGACAUUGUCGGGCAGGAACAUUCCAAUGCGGAAACACCAACUGUACGCCAUCAGCCACUAUUUGCGAUGGAACCGAUGACUGCGGAGAUGGAAGUGACGAACAGAACUGCGACCUACCAUGUCCUGAAUCAGACUUCAAGUGUAGGUCAAGUGGUAGGUGUAUUUUGGAUAGUUGGAGAUGUGAUGGAGAUGCUGACUGUAAGGAUGGCAGUGAUGAAGACCCGGCUGUAUGUCAUAAACGAGCCUGCGACCCGGAAACCGAAUUCAGCUGCAAAAAUGGUCGAUGUAUCCCACAAUUAUGGAUGUGUGAUUUCGACAACGACUGUGGUGAUGACUCCGAUGAACCCGCCUACAUGUGCCGACAGAGGAAUUGUACAACAGGGUGGCAACGUUGCCCAGGUCAAUCUAAUUAUAGGUGCAUACCAAAAUGGUUAUUCUGUGAUGGAAAAGAUGAUUGUCGCGAUAAUAGUGAUGAAUUGCCAGAAAAUUGUCCACAAUGCUCGUCAGAUACCGAUUUCAAGUGCGCCAACAACAGAUGCAUACCAAAGCAAUGGAUGUGUGACUUUUCCGACGAUUGUGGUGAUGGCAGCGAUGAAAUGGAAGCUCUGUGCAAAGGACGAUAUCGUGAAUGUUCCGAAUCGGAAUUCCACUGUGCCAACGGAAAAUGUAUAUCAUCCCGUUGGCGAUGCGACCAUGAAGAUGAUUGCGGCGAUAAUACAGACGAAAUUAAUUGUGAGGGUUAUGAAUGCAAAAAUGGAACAUUCCAAUGCGCUUCAGGACAUUGCAUUGCCGCCUAUUUCCGCUGCGACGGAGACCGGGACUGUCGAGAUAUGUCCGAUGAAGUUAACUGUCCACCUCGAUUCCCUGGAGGAAGAUACUGCCCUGAUUCAAGAUUCCAAUGUGCAAAUAAUCUAUGCGUAUCACCCGCCGAUUUAUGUGACGGUACUGAUGAUUGUGGUGAUAAUUCAGAUGAAGCCCCGUCUGUUUGCUCCAAUUUCAAUUGCGACACACUCCGGAGAUUCCAAUGUGCAAAUCAUCGAUGUGUAGCCCGAUAUCAAAUUUGCGAUGGUGUGGACAACUGCGGCGAUGGAUCAGAUGAAAACAAUAUGACCCUAUGUGCCAGUAAACAGAAACCAUGCGACCUUUACAUGCAAUAUCAAUGCGCCAAUAAAAACUGCAUUGAAAGGAAUCAAGUCUGCGACUUUUCGGAUGAUUGCGGGGACGGCUCUGAUGAGUUAGGUUGUCACCACUCCAACACUUGUUCGGAUCUGAACCGGGGAGGUUGUGAACAUCACUGCAUGAACCUCACAGAUGGAGGAUAUAUUUGCGCUUGCUAUCCGGGAUACAUAAUAUCUGCAGAUAAUAGGAAACGGUGUACGGAUAUAGAUGAAUGUGCAACGAGAACCCACACCUGUAGUCACAUUUGCACUAAUAUGAAUGGAACGUACGAAUGUUCUUGCCGACCUGGCUUUAGGUUAUCAGAUGGAAUGUCAGGCGUUUGUAAGGCUGAACAGGACGAUGUAGUUUUGAUAUUUGCAAAUGGUCCUGAAAUUCGAGGUUUGGAUUUGAAAGUAAUGGAUGAAUUCGAUAUUAUUGCCUCAGAAAAACGAAUUGAAGCUAUCGACUACAAUCCCGAAUCCCAGAUAAUAUUCUGGGCAGAUAGCUACGAUAAAACAAUCAAAAGGUCAUAUAUGCCUAACGCACAAAACGGACAAGCUAAAAUUGGCUAUGCCCAGGAUCUCAACAUGAAGGGUAAUUCUAAACCAACGGCAGUUGCCGUUGAUUGGGUUGCUGAUAACCUUUACUGGACCGAAACGGAUCGUACUGGUUCGAAACCUCGAGGUCGCGUAAUGGUCGCUAAAACUGAUGGUAGAUAUAGAAGAGCAGUUAUCAGUGCAGGUUUAGAAAUUCCCACGUCAAUAGCAGUUGAUCCUCAGCUGGGCCGUAUGUUCUGGGCUGACGCUGGUUCAGCUCCUAAAAUUGAAGUAUCCUGGAUGGACGGUUCAAAACGCAGACCUCUAAUCACUGAAGCUAUCAGACACCCUGCAGGCAUUACAAUUGACUACUCCCAGGAUCACACUGUAUACUGGGUCGAUACAAAGCUCAAUACAAUCGAAUCUAUGCGCCCAGAUGGCACAAAUCGUAAGGCAAUAAUCAAAGGAGAACAACUACGACAUCCUGUUUCUCUAGAUAUAUUCGAAUCUAAUUUGUACUGGGUAACUCGUGAUACCGGUGAACUUGUUCGACAGGAUAAAUUUGGUCGUGGUGUACAAGUCGUUGUACAAAGCAAUCUUCUAAACCCAUCCGGAAUCAAGAUUUACCAUGAAAAACGUUAUAACACUUCUCUAAAGAACCCUUGCUAUAGUAGUGUUUGCUCACAUCUCUGCCUGUUGGUACCAGGAGGCCGUCGAUGCGCAUGCCCAGAUAAUUCCGGACCACCACAAUCACAUCGUUCUACAGCUGAUGUUAUUUGUGAUGCUGCAGCUGAACGCCCUCGUCCAGCACCACGAAUUUGUCCUUGUGAAAAUUCCGGACUUUGUACAGAGGACGACUCCGGAAAUUUGAUGUGUGAUUGCUUGCCUAGCUUCACUGGUGAACGAUGUGAACAAGUUUUGGGCCAUACAUAUGGACCAUCAGGUUCAAAUGUUGCGGCUGUUGUUGUUCCUAUUAUGGUUAUACUUCUCGUGCUCUUAGCUGCCGGUGGAGUGUGGUAUGUGAUACGAAAGAGGCCAUUCGGAAAGAUGGCACGACUAAGCUCCUUAACCUCAUCUCAAAGCGUCACAUUCCGUCAUGGAACCAACGUGGAAUUCAACUCCCCCGUUUUCCCCAACGCACCGCCACCACCAGCACCAACUGAAUCCAUAUCACCUACGGAUGGAUACAACCUGCAAACAGUGAACAGUGGAAAACAGCGCGAUUUCGCUAAUCCAAUGUACGAUGCUGUACAAUCCGGGACGACAACUGAUCCCAGUUUAGGAAAUGGAUCAGGCGUUUAUGAAGUUUCCUCAGAUGGUCCGAAAACAAAGCCAGUUCAAGCUGUUGGUCCGUUCACGGAGCCAGUGUCAGCAAUUUUGGCGCCGAGCAGUAUAACCCAUAAGUCAUCACCGCAACUUCAAUUACGUACCAGAAAACUCGACCCCUCGGCAGAUACUGGCAAGGAUACCCAACAUCUCGUCGAAGAAGAUAAGUCUGAAUGCUGAUAUUAAAUGUUUAUAAACUUUUUUGCUUAUUAUUAUAUUCUAUUGUACGUUAGCCACUUAUGUUCUUUGUAAAGAAGACUACUUUUAAAAUGGAAAUUAAAAGUAAUGUUUUUGAAAAUAUUGACAUUAUGCAUCAGGCAAAUAUUGCAUUGAUUUCCGUGCAGCUAUUAGAAGACGAAAAGGAUCCCGACGCACUCGCGGAACAUGUCGGCCACAAAGUAGCUCGAAAACAUUCCAAAGCAAACCAAACGUGCUGCAAUAUUCCAUUACCUGAAGCAUACUGUUAGUUUGUUUUUAUUGUCAUUAUUAAUCUUAUUACGAAAAAUUAGAACAUUCCAAGUUGUUGAGUUUUCAUCGAGUUUUGUCAGUUUAGUUUUUAAUGAUAAAAAUAAUUAUAAAAGCAAUAAAUAGAUUAUUUAUGACGACAAUUGAUUUAGAAGAAAAAAGAUAGAGACAACGUUUUCAUAAGGAGCAAAGCUCGCUAUAUUCUAUUAAAUAAUUGAUUUUUAACAUUCCCCAAAACGUAGUUGUGAUAUUUUUAUGAAAACUCCAAAAAAUUUCUACUCGAACAUAAUCAGCAAUAGAUUUUUUGACAAAUUUUUAUGGACCGCAAAAUAUAUGUAAAGUUUAGGCAUAGGGGAAGCAUUCUAGAAUAAACACUCAGUUUGAUAUCAAUUAUUAACGUAAAUGAAUGCAAGAGAAAAACAAUAUAGAGGGAAUAUAUUUAAAUAGAUAAAUGUUAAUUAAUGGUUAGAGAAGGAUCUAUUACGUAUGUAAAAAAGAAAUUUAAUUAUAAAUAUAAUCAAUAUAUUUUUAUAUAAAAAAAGAGCGCGCCAUUUUGAUUUUUACGAGAGAGAGAAAAUAUAGAAAAUAAAAUCGACUAUAGUGAAAUAAACGAGGAGAGUAAAGUGUGUAAAAAUGUAUAAAAAAUACGACAAACAAUAAGGAAUAGAACAAAAUGCAAACAAUCGAAACAAUAUAUAUAAACUACUGAGGAAAGAUGAUGAAUACACCUAAAUAAAAUUAAGAGAAAAGAGUAUAUUUAAUGACAAGAAUUUUAUAUUAACUAAUAUUAAAUAUAUAGUAUAAAGCAAUUUAUAUUUCGAUUUUAUAAA